AUGUACAAUCAGCGGCGUCCUAAGCCCGAGUCGACCUAUGCGUCACAAGCAGCCAGAUGGAAACAGGGAUUCAAGCCGACACCAUCACAACAACAGCCUGUACAUCAGCAGACAGACUUGGAGAAUGCGCUUGUGUCGGAUCUUUGUUCAUCGAUCGGAAGCUCAUCGUUUCCACCCCGUGAAGUUCUGCAGAAAUUGUUGCGUUAUCUCCACACCCUGGACCAUGAUUACAUUUGCGAGUUACUGGAUGACAAGUUUGAGAGUCCGCUGUGGCAAGUUAAGGCGAAGGCUUUGUCCGUACUUAGUGCAUUACUGGGAAGCGGAGAUGCAGAGUUCUAUAAGCAAUAUUACGGCGGACGACUGGACCUGCUGAAUGACCUGCGUAGUGCCAGGAAGGACAUGCUGCGGAAACGGGCGGAUAAAGUUUACGCACUGCUUAAAGACUACGUGCCACCACACGUGGAGAGUCCAUUGGAGCUGAUGCGCAGAAUGCAGGAAGACGAAGCUGAGGAGGCUGCACAAGCUACGGAGGUGAACACAUUGAUGCAAACGUCGCCCGUUUUGUCGUCUCAACAGAACCCCCACAACUUGAUGAUGAACACAAAUGAGUCGCCGCGUAGUAGCAGCGCGCCAUUGCCUGCGGUCGAUGAAACAUCGGGGUUCAAUUUUCUGGUGCCACAAGUGCACCAUCCUCAGCAAGAGUAUGCGCCGGCUGAGAUGACGGCUGCGCCGAUGACACCUGUCAGAAACUCGUCGUUUGGUUUUCUGUCCGCAAGUGGAGGCGAAGUAGACUCACAGCCUUUACCUUCAGCGCCACCAGCAUCUGAUAACUCAGCGUUUCGUUUCUUGGUAGAAGCGCCUUCCCUGAAUGGUGACGUACCGGCUGCCAUGGCUCCGCCAAGCAUGCCAGCACCCAGUGCGCCGCAACUAGCAUCACUUUCUUCCAGUUUUGACUUCCUGAAUCCCGCUUCUGCGGCUACAAGUGUCCGUGGAGUUGAAUGUGGCAUCCCGACCGCAAACAUUCCGUCAGCGUUUGCUCAACAGCAACAACAGCAAGAGGAAACAACAUCAACUGUCGUUCCAGCCCACGCAGCACCUACACCUGUGCUUCAACGUUGCUACACUGUCUUUGAUACACUUCCCGAGCCGAUGCUAUUGCGACCAGGUCAGACCGAGAAAGUGGAGGACAAAGGUGACGAAUACGACAUGUCCGACCUGAUUUAUGAUCCGUUCAAAGGCUUGGAUGCAAAUGACGGCGCUCAAGCACUAGACUCUUUUGAUGCUUACAAAAUGUCAUCCGAUGCAGUACACGGCGACAUUGGAGGUGAUGUGUCACAAUCAACACAGUCUGAGCCAUUGCGCGAAGUGAUAUUGGAAAUUGAUGUACCACCAGGACCCAUGGGUGUGAUGUUGGAUCGUACAAUUCCUGAUAUGACUGUGAUUGAGCGCUUCGUGCCCCUGCCAACGGGCGGGCGUGGGUAUCUCGAGUUGCACCCCGCUAUUUGCCCAGGCUGCGCUUUGAUUAGUAUUAACUCCAUUUACGUAGAGAACAAGGGGUUAGUCGAGGUGGGUCCCAUCUUAGGCUCGCUCUCAAGUGCGCCUAAGCUGUUGCGCUUCAAGAAACUCAUGAACAAUGGCCGGACCGCCAACCCGUCGACACUUCAGAUGCCUUACGUUCCCCCUCCAUUGGAAGAAGAGGAAGGGGUUGUUACAGACAAGAAAAGCGUGGAAGGGGAUCAUAUCCAUCCACAGUCUGAGGAUACUCACAAACUCGAAAGCUCGGGUGGUGAAGCAUUCAUGACUCGUUUGAAUGGGUACAGCAGAGGUUUGAGUGAAAUUGAAGCGAAGUUAAAAGAGAUCGUCUGCCGCGAGCGUAGCGGGCAGUCUACCGUGGACCGUCGCGACCAGCUUGCACAGCUUCACGGCAACGUGGAAAAAAUCCAGACGCAAGGUAUUGACUCUGUAAUUUUUGGGGAACGCCGGCCACCAAAUUACGAAGAGGUGAAGCAGUUCCGCUUAGCACUCGUGCGCAAGGCUGACGAGCUGGCUCGGCUCAUUCAGAGCACAGCCAGUACAGAUCCUCCAUCUUACACCAGUGUUGCGGCAUCAGAGGAGGAGAAGCAUCCUGUGUCGGCGUUUGCAUUCGUUGAAGAGAACUCGAAUAGCACUGUCAAUGACCCACCGCUGGGCAUCUCACAGUUGCAAGGUGACUUGGGUUUUCAAUUUCUGAAUGCCAACGCCAACCCACAAGUCGCUAUAAAUGAUGAUGGUAACGCAAUGGUUGCUCCGUCAGCACCCACCCAAGCAGGCAAUUCAUACGGGUUCAGCUUUCUCCGCGACAAUGCCCAGGAAUCACCUGUAGUGGCCGCCCCCGCUCAACUUAACGCUAGCCAAGCACCAACAAGUCCGUCAUCUAGUUUCGGCGUGCUUUCAACGGAUGGUGCAAACUCAGCCGUGGAGGUUGCUACGAACGUUUUUGCUGGACUCAGCUUAAAGAACGACAAUCGGCAUCAACCAGCAAGGCCAGCUGCUGUGUUAUGCGACACAUUAAUGAAGAGCAGUCACGGCCGACCGAUGGGCCUCAGCGACUUGGAAGCUUCAUUACGUUCAGCAGCAUCAGGCCGACCACCAAUGGGAGUCCGUCCAAUAGGUCAAGCACCUGCAAUUGCCGAGUCGACCCAGUCGUCAUUCGGGUUCAUGUCAACUAUUGACGCAAACGAUGGGGUUGUGUUCAACAGCAGUUCGACAAGCACAGAGCCGACGUCACCCACUGGGUUUGGUUUUCUGCGUAGCAGCAUUACGUCAUCCACUACCCCAACCAUGGCUUCUUCGUCCAUUUCACAAUCCGAACGCAGUGUACUGCAAGAGCCAGAACCGUCCAUGUUCUCGUUUAUAUCUAACUGA